AACAGAGUGUAGUUAACCUCAAAUCACAAUGGCCUAAAACCCUGCUUCAUCAUCGUCCUCCUCCUAGUCCUCGAAAGAAAAUUCCGGAAUCCAACGACCAAGAAAUCGACGGGAAGUAGAGAAUGGCGUCGUCGUCGAGCAGCGGGUUAACGUUCAAGCUCCAUCCGUUAGUGAUCCUCAACAUCUCCGAUCACUACACUCGGGUCAAGUCCCAAUCCCAACUCCCCCUGCUUUCUUCCGCUCACGCCUCCAACGGCGAUGAUUCCGCCCCCGCUUCCUCCGUACUCGCCUCCGCCCCUCCUCGGGUCUUCGGCUGCGUCAUAGGGGUUCAAAGAGGCCGCACCGUCGAGAUCUUCAACAGCUUCGAGCUUCUCUAUGAUCCCUCCACCCAUUCCUUGGACCGCACCUUCCUUGAAAAGAAGCAAGAGCUCUAUAAGAAAGUUUUCCCUAACUUUUAUAUACUGGGAUGGUAUUCUACCGGAAGCGAUGCUCAUGAAUCGGAUAUGCAUAUUCACAAAGCUUUGAUGGAUAUCAAUGAAAGCCCGGUCUAUGUUCUUCUCAACCCUUCAAUCAAUCAUGCACAGAAGGAUCUGCCAGUUACCAUAUAUGAGAGUGAGCUGCAUGUCAUUGAUGGGAUUCCACAGCUUAUAUUUGUCCAAGCUAGCUACACCAUUGAGACUGUUGAAGCAGAAAGGAUCUCGGUUGAUCAUGUCGCACAUCUCAAACCAUCUGAUGGGGGUUCUGCUGCAACUCAGUUGGCUGCUCAUCUGACUGGCAUACAUAGCGCCAUCAAGAUGCUAAAUAGCAGAAUCAGAGUGCUGCAUCAGCAUCUUCUUGGCAUGCAGAAAGGUGAUAUUCCAUGUGAGAACUCCCUAUUACGUCAAGUGUCAAGUCUAUUGAGAAGAUUACCUGCAAUAGAGUCAGAAAAGUUUCAAGAUGAUUUCUUGAUGGAGUACAGCGACACUUUAUUGGUUACAUACCUGGCCAUGCUCACCAACUGUUCUAGUACAACAAAUGAACUGGUCGAGAAAUUUAACACAGCAUAUGACAGACAUAGUCGAAGGGGUGGACGAACCGCAUUUAUCUGAGAUGUGAUUGAGCUUUAGAGUGACCAUCCUGUAUUUGAUCCUCUUUAGUAGCUUUAUAGAAAUUAGGGACAAUGUUUAUUUUGAGCUUAUUAUGCAUCUCUGUUUCAUUUUCCUCUUGGUUGUAACUCUCUGGUAUUCCAGAGUUUGAGAAGACGAAAAGGUAUUGGGUUAGCUGGCUUUUGUUCUGGGGAUUGUAGCAGAGGAUUUUUUUCUAGUACAGAAGCUGUUUGCUUGUUUUGGUAUU